AGAUGAAUCGCCUCUCUCCACCUACCUUCUCCCCUGCGUAAUUUCUGCUUCUCAAAGAAGUGUGCGAGUCGAACUGUGGAAACGGUCAAUUUAGCAUCCGGGGCUGAUUGUGAGAGUUUUCUACGAGAAGGAUGGCUCCUGAUUCUAAGAAUAGGAUUGCGAGUGCCUUUCAUGCCAUGAAAGCUCUUGGGAUUUCUGAUGAGAGGGUGAAACCUGCAUUAAAACGUCUUCUUAAGUUAAACAAGAAAAACUGGGAUCUCAUUGAAGAAGAGAAUUAUACCCCCCUUGUAGCUGCAAUUCUUGACAAUGAGGAAGCUAAGCAGGAGGGCAAUUUGGUGGAAGAAGAAGUUUUGCAUGAAAGACCCUUUAAAAGAUUGCAUUCAGAAUAUAUCACUAGACCAGAAUCAAAUGAAGGAGUUUGGGGUCCAUCAGGCGAAGCGAGAACCGAAGGCAACCUGGAAAACACCACAGACAAACCAUCCAGCCUUGAGAUAGCUUCACUGACCACUGCAGUGCUGAAAGUUAUUCUGAACUGUGGCACGGCAUUCGCAAUACCUAACUUCCAGAUGCCUAGCCUUGAUGCAUUGAUGAAGUUGAUGGACGAUAGAUGUCGUAAAGAGUACAAAGAUCUGGACCCAAGUUUCUCUGUGAUGAAAGUGAUGCAAGAUGUUUGUCAGUGCUUCUUGGAGAUUGGUGUUGCAUCUACUGUCACUACAAACCACUCUUUCAUCAACACAGCAACAGAUGGAUGAGAAGGUCAGCUGGGAAAAUGGUUCAUGCCAGUUGUGGAGCAUGUGAAAUAAAGAGCUUAUUAGUCUCUGGUCUCUACUAACUUCUCGGUUGUAUCGAGCUUUAAUGUGCU